GUUUUUCAGGGCUCUAAGUGGAACUAUGGACGUUGGAUCCAGAAAGCUGCUGCUGCUGAUCCUGUUGUUGAAUAUUACAGUUUCAGUAUCAGGUAUCCAGGACGUGAAGGUGUCAUGCCAUCCUGAGAAGAUCUGUGCUCUGAGGGAGUCAUCUGUGACCCUGACGUGCUCUUACUCAAAUAUCAUCAUCAUCACUGGCUUCUGGUUCAGCCUAAAGGACAAAGCUAAAUGGAGGAAGGAGGAACAUCCAGAGGAUUUAUCUUUAGACUCAGACUACGCAGGACGUGUGAGCUACACAGAGAUGACAAACUUCCGCUCAACUCUUACAAUAACAGACCUGAGAGAGAGAGACUCAGGGGAAUAUCGCCUCGUGUUCAUUACGGAUAAAGGAGAGAAAUAUCUGAGCUCAGCUGGAGUUACUCUAACAGUUACAGACCUGCAGGUGACCCACGACUCCCUACAACAAACUCUCACCUGCCGCACUUCCUGUCUUCUGACCUCUCCUGUUCAGUAUAACUGGCACAAGAAUGGAAAAAUCUUUGAGAAUUACAGAAUCAACAUGAAAACAUUCUCUUUAACUAAAGCUGAAGAAGGCAGUUACUCCUGCUCUGUUGAAGGCUAUAGUACUAUUCUCUCUCUUCCACUGUGUGAGUAUUCAUUUGGCUUCAUGAUGUAAUGGAGGGUCUCUUGAUUUCAGUGUUGGGAAAGAAGUUAAUGCAAGCUCAAAAACUCACUAGAAGUCACCAGAUGAUGUCAUAGAACAAUUCACAUAUUCACUGAUUCGUCAAGAUCAUUUCAAUAUCAAAACAUCUUACAGGAAGAAGGAAGAUUUUCUGAUGAAUAGAGUAGUUUUACCUGAAUAGAAAAUAAUAGAUUAUAACUUUUAUUGAUUCUU